CCAUGGGGGGCCUGUUGGGGAAUUCCUGUAAGAGCCUGGUCACUUUCCUAAUAUAACCCCUUAACUCCAGCUGAGCAGGAACACUAGCAAAGCUCCUUAGCACUUACUGGAGAGUUGGAGUGGAGUAUAACUGUAUAGUUAAUAAGAUAACUGAUUUAUGAGGCAGCUAAAGUAUGUGAGGUAACUGAGGAACGUGUGACUCUUUGGACAUUUGGUCUUGGACAUUUCUUGACCGGCACCAUGAUGCGGAGCAUGGCUGGAGUAGAAACGGAGAUUGACCUGGGGGACGGCAGUGACAGCGAGGACAGUGAGGGUCAGCAGCCGUGGAAGACGCAGCUGGAGACGGUGCUGGAGGAAGAGGAGGAUGAAGAUUUGGCGUCAACACAAAGCGACACCAGGCCACUGAUCAACGAGAGAGACCCACGACAGAUAAAUGAAUGUCUUAAGGUGAGUUUUGAAGAUGUAAUAGCAGAGCCAAUGACAGUGCGGAGUGGAGAUCGGGUGUGGAUCUGGAGUAACGCACUAUUCGAAGUGUCGCGGGUGUGGUUCUAUCGGAUCAUCACUGUACUGCUGGCUGUGCCCGUUUCCAUCAUCGCUGGGAUUCUCUUCGCUAUUCUCAGCUGCCUCCACAUCUGGCUCUUCACUCCUUGUGUAAAGAUGGUCCUCAUUAACACUGGCUGGCUAGAGACUUUAUGGAGCAGCAUUUUGGACAUCAUCAUCCUCCCGUUCUACCAAAGUGUGGCCAAGUGCUGUGGAGGCUUCAGCAUUCAGCUUAACCGCCAAUGAGCGAGAACCUCCAGGACUAUGUAUUUUUUAUUUAUUUUUUUCAAUGGGAACUUCCACAAAGAGCAGCAUGAAAGAGUUGCUAAAUGCUAAUUGCUAAAUGUGGUGAUGGACCCCUUAUAUCCACUCUGUGGAGGCCAGAGAAGACUGGUGAAGCAGCGAGAAGGCGUUAACUUAGUCAAAUGGACACUUUUCAUUAAUUUUACUGUCAUCAAAUGCCAAGAAUGGAAGUUUAGAAAGCCAAGACAGUGCCAAACCCCGGCCAUCUGUUAGUAGUGGGUAGUGUGGUAAUAAUAGACCACACUAACAGAGAAUUGUAGCAUUAGAUUAUGUUACAUUAGGCAUUAUGCACAUUAUGGAUGUAUUGUUAUUUCCUGUUUUUAAACUCAGACUUCAGAAACAGUGGAAUUUUAUUCCCCACACAUGUCCAGGAUGGCUGAACUGCACACCAACAAUAGUAAAAGCAAUAUACAGUUAGUAUUAUACAGUUUAUUAUUACUAUUAUCUAUUUGUCUUUACAUUUUUAAUUAUCAUUAAAUCAGUUGUACACACAGUACUAUCACACUUCUAUGCAUGGACAUGUUUCCAUGAUGUUUGGAUGAUAAUGUAUAAUUGAAAUUCUAAUGUUGAAUACACAAAGUUCUAUAUAAUGCAUUGUUAUAUUAUGGUAUAUAAUGGUGUCGCUAACUAUGCUAAACUGGAAUGAUGCCAACAAUAAAAACCUGGGAAAUAAAAAGGGUCAAACUAGCUGUGGUAAACUCUGAAAUCUUUAGCUGGCUUUUUUAGAAAUUUUUUUUAAAAAUAGUGUAAUAUUAUCAAACCUUAUGUUGGAUGUCAUUCUCAGCUCAGACCUCCAGCGUCCAGGGCAAAUGGAACUGCAGCAAAUUUGCAGUUAAAAGCCCAUAACCAUAUUUUUUCCAUUAAAAAAUGAAAUGUGUUCCUUUGAAGUUGUGAAACAUAUCAGUACUGCUUAAAAAAUUAAAACCUGUAUUUCCUAA